AUGGCCUCUGCAUUGCCUGCGCAAGUGGUGUCUCACUAUCGCUCCUGCUCUGCUGUCCAGGGUAGUUUUAGCCAUGAAGUUUCACAUGCGUAUAAGCCACUUAAGAUUGCUGGAUUGACAAAUUUGCUGCCCAAUAGUUCCCGGGUUGCAACUUCAAGCUAUUCCAAAACGGCUUUGACCUCAAGAUCUCACUAUGCAUCGUGUCUUUCUGCCAUUCCACAUUUCAGAGCACCUUUAGUUGGAUAUCAAAUAGUGAAGUGCAUCAACUCCAUGGCCAGUGAGCUAGUGCUGCAAGCUAAAGUGACGACAAAGUGCUUCUUUGAUGUAGAAAUUGGGGGUGAAGCUGUGGGUAGAAUUUUAAUCGGUCUUUUUGGAGAUGCUGUCCCAAAGACUGUUGAGAACUUUCGUGUCUUGUGCACAGGAGAGAAAGGAUAUGGUUACAAAGGAUGCUCCUUCCACCGUAUUAUUAAAGAUUUUAUGAUCCAGGGAGGGGACUUCACUGAAGGAGAUGGUACUGGAGGAAUCAGUAUUUAUGGUCCUAGUUUUGAAGACGAGAGCUUUGCCUUGAAGCAUGUUGGACCUGGAGUUUUGAGUAUGGCCAAUGCAGGCCCUAAUACCAAUGGCAGUCAAUUUUUCAUUUGCACGGUGAAGACUCCAUGGCUAGACAAUCGCCAUGUUGUAUUUGGACAUGUCAUUGAUGGAAUGGAUGUUGUGCGGCAGCUUGAAUCUCAAGAAACUAGCAGGUCAGACAUCCCUCGUCUGCCAUGCAGAGUUGUUAACUGUGGGGAGCUACCCAUGGAUGGCUGA